UUUGUAUUUGUAAUAGCGAUAUGGGCAUUGUGAUUUAUAGUCAACAAUGCCAGCUUUUCAAGUUUACGAGGAGCAAAUGAAGGCACCACGACAACAUAGCUAGCUUAACAACCAGCAGCCGUGUAGCAGCUAAUAUGUGCUAGCCUGCGCAGUCGAGAUGAUGUACUGUCAGUGCGGCUGGCUAAUUUACUUGCAAGAUAAGCGACCUUAGACUUAUUCAUUAACUAAUGUGUUUAAUUAACAGGACUAAGAGGAUCAGUUGUGCUACUCAAUAUUUUACUCCCGUUUGAAGGAAGGGAGUUAAACACGGAAAGAUGGGGGAGUUUGAGAGCAGUGCUCUGGGCCGGGUAACAGUGUACUCCAUCCAGGGCUGCCCACACUGUAUCCAGGCUAAGGCCACCCUAGGGCGUUUUGAAGUACCUGUAUGUGACGUGGACGUAGGUAGACAUCCGGAGCUGAGAACCAGAGUGAAGGAGCUGACAGGCCGCAGCACAGUCCCCCAGAUCUUCUUUAACAACGUUCACAUCGGGGGAAAUGAUGACCUGCAGAAACUGGCUCCUGAGGAGCUGCAGAGGUUGGUGAAUCUGGUCAAGGAGGAGCCUCUUCCAGCAGAUGCUCCACCACUACCAGAGAAGAAUCAGUCAGAGGACUCAGCUAGGGAGACUGAUAGAGAGUUUACGUGUGAGAGAGAUGAGUUGGCUGACCUGGUAGAGGACUUCAAACAUGGCAGUGUGAUUGGCAAUCAUAGGAAGGGGCUGACUUUGUACAAAAAGAGCUUCUCAGGCGAUCAGCUGGUUGACUGGCUGCAGAAAGAGAAGGACAUGGCCAGGGCUGAGGCCUUUAACACUGGCCAGGCAUUGUUGCAGAAGAAGUACAUGGUCAGUGUGCGUGGCUGUGGGCAGCAGGAUGGCAGUUUUGGAGAGGGGAAAGACACCAUGGAAACACUGUACAGGCUGCUGGAGGAUGACCCUCAUUCAGCCCUCAAUGCAGGACAGACUGCAGCCUGCAGUCCCAUACAGGCUGCUGAGCUGUCUCUGCUUCUACGGGAGAUGAUUCUGAAACUGUUCUCAGAGCAUCUCUCUGCUGAUGGCAAGUCUGUAGACUACAAAGGCAUGUCAGUGAACCCUGCAUUUGAGCGGUACUGUGAGCUAUCCAUUCAGCUGCAGAGAGUGGAGCUGCUUUCACUGAGCCGGGAGGAGAAGCUGGCCUUCUUCAUCAACAUCUACAAUGCCUUGGUGAUCCACGGGUACCUGCGCUUGGGGGCCCCCACCAACAUGUGGCAAAGAUACCGAUUCUUCAACUAUGUGAGUUACCUGAUUGGAGGAGAAGUGUUCACAUUACAGGACAUUGAGAACGGUGUUCUGAGAGGGAACAGAAAAGGUGUUGCGCAGCUUCGAAGGCCCUUCUCCAAAACAGACCCGCGGCUACAGGUGGCUCUCCCAGACGCUGAGCCCCUCAUUCAUUUUGCCUUGAACUGUGGUGCAAAGGGCUGCCCACCUAUUAAAACAUACACUCCACAGGACAUUGACAGCCAGCUCCGCACAGCAGCUGAAGCCUUCUUGGAGAACGAUGACGCUUGUGUGGUGGAUUCUGGGAAAAGAGAAGUGCGACUCAGUCAGAUAUUCAAGUGGUACAAGGCUGACUUUGGAGGCACUGAUGAGAAGUUGCUGAAGUGGGUACUGGAGCACAUGGGUGACUCGCCGAAGAAGACCAGCCUGCAGGGCGUCCUUUCUGCUGGAAAGAUCAAAGUCAGCUUCCUCCCUUAUGACUGGAGCUCCAACAGCACCCACUGAGCAUGAACACAUAAAUGCAUACAAGCCCAGCCGUACACUAUUUCUCUUUGCAUCUGUCCACUUUCCACUAAGCUGCAUCCACUUAAAAACCAGAAGGAUGGUGGUGGCGUGCUCACCUCAUGCAAAUUUCCUUAUGCAAAACAAACUAAACCCAAGUGGUGAAAGGGACGUGUUUGCACCCUCAAGUAACUUUAAGGUCUUAUUCUAAGUCCCUACACCCCAUGUUUGGAAGUCAUAUGUCUAUGAGUUGUACAUUCAGGUUUUAUUGGUUUCGAAUAGUUACAACAGAGAGCCUAUUUUAGAAAACAAGUUGCACACUGAAAUUUUGUACUGCAGGAGCAUAUUUAAUAAGAUAAAAUGUACUUAAAGCAUGUUAUUGAUUUUGCUUAUCAAUGUUUACAAAUGUAAAGUGACAAACCCUGAAAAAAAGCAUACAUAUGACAAAUUAUUUUAGAGUAAAUUAUCAUAGAGAAUGAUAAACAAGCAUACUGUAUAAUAACAACUUCAAUCAUCAAUAUGGUUUUCAUGCUUUCCUGUUCUAGUCUUUAAACACCAUGUCAGCAACUCAGGAUUCAGAUUAUCAUGAUCCAAUUCAACACUUUUUCUGGGCUACUUAUGUGGAGUGUUAUCAGAUGGAGAUGGUAACUUUGCCGAACCAAACACACUGCCUUGACAAGCCAUAAUAAAACCAUUCAAACCUACAAACCCACUCAUUCAUGUGUAGUGGACCAGAUUUUCCACAAGGCUGGUCCAUCAUUUCAGUGCUGUUUUUUAACCUGGUUUUGCGUCUAAAGGGCAAGAAAGCAAUAGCUGCUGGAAGUUUAAGACUUAAUGGACAUGGAACAUUAGUGCAUUAUGCUACGGCCAGUGGGUAUGAAAUACUAAAAUAUAAACGCAGCUCUACUUGCAGCUGUAAAACAACAGAUGUUAGCUUUUGAAGAUUUUAUAAACAAAUUUAUAAACAUUUCCUUUUAACAGCUGAUGUGUCCACAGACAGAUGCAGUCGUAAGACAUUUGCAUGUCUAUUAGUUUCUACUCAUAACCCUUGAUAUUAUUUUGCUUCUUCCUCUUUUUAAGUGUACCUACAUCAUUGUCCCUUGCUCUUUUUGAUCCAGGUUUGAUCCAUUUGAAAUCGCAAAAGUGCUACUACUGUGUUUCUAGCACAGUUAUAUAGUAAAAUAUCUAAUAACAUUGUGAAUUAUGGAAAUAUUCAUCAAAACUACACCCAUUUGGAAUGCACUCUGACACUUUGCAUGUUUAUCACCAACUCUGAAUGCUGUUGAGACAUGUUUGUACCUUUUUCACGAAGAAGAAAUGUCCAGUGUCGGUCUAUACGAGAAUAACAUGCUGUAUUUGUUUGGCCAUCUAUCCCUGCAGAAACUAAAAAAAAUCAAUCUCACUCUUAACAUAUAUUUUUCAUUUCCCAAAUCAAAAGUCAUGAAUGCAUACAAUUAAAUGUAGCAGUUUAGUCUUAGUCUUAAUUCAUUUUUACAAUCUGUAGGUUUGUGUGUGUUUAGUUUUCAUCUAAAUGAGCUGUCAUUACCCUUUCCAUUUUUUCACAACAUUAAUUGGUCAUGAUUGGCUUUCCAUUUUACCCUGGCCUUAAAUGCUAGAUUAAAUGCUAAAUUUCUUUUUAAUAUGAUUCAUUCAUUCAUCAUGAUCCAUUUUCCAGUGUGAUUUCCCACACGUUCAGUUAAUAUAACUCAUAAGAAGUGUGUGACUUCUGUUGAUUGGGCUGGGGGGUUUCUAUGUUCCAUAAUUUAGGACUUUAUUAUCUCAGGUCAAAGGAAAGUGUGACUGGAAACAAUAUUCAAAUUGUUUGAUGUCAUCAACACACUGUAUGCUGCAUGCUGUUAAUACUUUACAGCUUUACAGUUUCAGCUCAUUAUUUAAAGCCUACAUUUGUUUGCAAAGAUAUUUUUGUGUCAUAUGUUACAAUCCUGCUCAUAAGUGUUCAUUUCUUUGUUUUUAAACUACAAACAGCACCGAAGCAAAUGGUUAAGUUAACAUGUAUUAAAACUGGAAUGCAUUUGCUGCAUGAGAUAUCGGAAAGCCUCCCAUCUUGAAUACUGACCUGUAGGAGGACUGCUUCUCUGCCACUGCUCGUUUUCCUCACCUGUAAGCUUAGCUUAACAGUUUGACCCUAACACUUAACCCCCAAUUAGGCAAAUAGUGUGUCAUUAUUAGACACUGAUAUCGGAAUGCAACAGUGCAAAUCCAAGUCAGCAGUUAUUAGACUGUCAGCAAAAAUAUACAGUAGAUUCAAAACAUCACCAAGUCUUAACAACAGACUGCACUUUUUCUUUGAGGAUAUGCCUUCAAUGACAAUACACCCUUGAUGUUAUUACACACAACUAUGUGACUGAGUGAGAUUAAAACGAAGACACUUUGUAGACAGAAAUGAACAAAGCAAAAGGGUUGUUAUUUAGGUUAUUCCCUCAGUGAUCCCUAUAUUUUAUUUAAUUUUUUCAAAAUUACCUCAUGUGUAUCAGGAAAAUGCAAUGCAAAAACAUUUUUAAACAAGCACCUCUAUUAUAAUCAUUCUAUUUUCCUCUUUCCUAGGGGCUAAUGAAGCAAUAUGUUUAUGUAUGUUUAUGUUUAUAUUUAUGUCUAAAUAUGCAAUGCUGAAUUACAAUAAAAUCUAUAUUGAGUUGG